AUGAACGCCUUAAACUCUGUUUUGCUUCUUUUCGUCUUAAUAACAACAUGUACCGCCAGUUACUACACUUACCCCUGUAAAAAAAUAUGUAUUUUUGACAACGUGACCUGCGUCACAAGAGGCGGAUUCAACAUGUAUAAGAAUGUUGUUAAAGGACAGAAAGGUUUAAUCAUGCCUUUGGAUCCUUUACACAUGGAAGAAAUCGACGGAGAAAUGGCUUCAGUGAAAUUUAAAUUAACUAACAUUACAAUGUAUGGUUUGAAAAUCUGUGCUGUUACAAAAGCGACGGUAAACGCGACGGAAGACAUCUAUAAACAAUAUCUGUACUGUCCUAAAUUGAUUUCACAUUUUCACUACAAAGCUCAAAAACAUUCGGAUACUCCAGCACUUCAUGGAACAGGUGAAGCUACGAUAGUGGCUUAUGAUUAUAAUAUAUUAAACUACGGAAAAUAUUCGGUAUUUGUAAAUAAAGAUCACAGGCCACAUUUUUUUGUAAAAACUCAUGAUUCAAGAACUCGCCUUAAAGGAAAACUAGUAUUUGAAAUUACACAGGGCUGCGUGGUAGACAACCGCACAGUAAAAGAAACAGCCACGUACAUGAACCAACAUUGGUGGGAAACAGAAAAUAAACUACAUAAACCCAUAGUCAAGAGAGCCAUGUCAAUUUUAUGGCAUAAUACUGACAUCUUCGUUAGAAACCAAACAAUGGGCGAAAUAAUUCCUGAACAUAAUAACUAA